GUUCUGUUCGUUAUUACGUGGUUGUGAUUGUCUUCAACGGGCUCAUUCAGAAUUGAAGAAAUUGGUUCGAUAUUAGAUAAGGAGGAUAGUAUUCCUGCAAAUAAUCUUUUUUUGGGAGCUCAAAAUGAAAUACGACUACGAUCCUGUUCCGACAAAGAGUUUCAUCACGAGCGGAACAAAAACUGAAAUAGUUAUUCAACCAGUGACUAAUUUCGAAAAGAAUGAUGGGUCAAGUUUGGGAAAGAGACAUGGACAAAUGUUCAUAUACUCAAUAUUACUGUUUUUAACGCUCUCUAUGAGUGUUAAUAUAUCCAUAUGCAUAGUGGCGAUGACAGAUCCUACCGCAAGUAUAAAUGAAGAUAUACCGACCUAUAACUGGACAGACAAGAGCAUAAUCCUCUCGGCUUUCUUUUGGGGGUACAUGCUGCCCCAAAUCGCAGCAGGCUGGCUGGUGACCAAAUACGGCCCCAAGUGGUUCCUGGUGGGCGCCAUGACGCUCUGCUCCCUGUUCGGGUACCUGCUCCCCAUCAUGGCGGAAAGUCUGGGAUCCAAGGGCGUGAUGGGGUGCAGGUUCAUGCAAGGGGUGUGUUUGAGCGUGGUCUAUCCGUCUGUGCACGCGCUGCUAGGAAAAUGGGUGCCACCGAACGAAAGGAGCCGGAUGGCCACUUUUGUGUAUGCAGGGUCACCUGCUGGGGUAGUGGUAUCGAUGUUCGUAAGUGGGUACAUUGCAGCAAGUUGGUAUGGAUGGCCGAUGGUUUUCUAUUUCUAUAGCACUAUAGGGUUGAUGUGGAGUCUAACUUUCUCUUAUUUCGGAAGCAAUGGCCCCGCUGAACAUUCAACCAUAUCCAAUGAAGAAAGAAAUUAUAUCCAAAGUGGACUGAAACAAGGGGAAGAUGAUGGGACUUUUCGUACACCAUGGAGAAAAAUUCUAACCUCGAUAAAAGUGUGGGCGUUGAUAACGACCUCUUUUGGAUAUUCUUGGGGAUACUUCACAUUGCUGAGUGAAAUUCCAAUUUACUUGAAGAGUGUAAUGAAAUUCGACAUGGAGUCUAAUAGCCUCAUCAGCUGCCUUCCGUACCUUCUCAAAUUAAUAUUAGCCUACUUCUUCAGCUUCGUUGCAGAUAAACUUAUAAAUAAGAAAAUAUGCUCUAUUGGUACGACUAGAAAAUUGAUGAACGGAAUUGGAAUGGUUCUACCUGCAAUAGCUCUACUCUGGCUGGGUAACACGGGAAAAGACGAAGUCAAAUUAGUCAUCGUCUUACUGAUUGUGGCUGUUGGGAUCAGCAGUGCUGGCCUAAGCGGAUUUCUAGUCAACCACAUGGAUCUGUCUCCGAACCAUUCUGGUACUCUCAUGGGUAUAGACAACCAAUUUUCUCUGCUAUCUUCAGCGUUGGGUCCAUUAUCUGUCCAAUUUCUAGUUCCAGAUGAGGAAAAUGCUGACCAAUGGAAGUUUGUGUUUUAUUCAACAUCUAUUAUAUACGUGGUCGUCACAAUAAUUUUUUGUGUAUUCGGAUCUGGUUCUAUUCAACCGUGGAAUAAUGCUGAAGAGGACAGAUAUCAAGAAAAAGAAAAAGAGGAUGCCGUCUUGUGAUAUUUGCAGUACAUUAGCUGAAUUGUGAUCUUUGAUGGAGGAAACUACUAGUGAAAUAUUCUACUAAAUGCUAUUUGUAGUGCUCGUUAGUUUUUCGAAUACCUUUCAUAUAAGGUUAUAUACAGUACUCCUCCAAAUAUUGCAAUAAAUGAGAGCUGU